UAACAUUCUACCUCUACUUCUUCUUGAAAAAACAUAUUAUCUAUAACAAUGUAUCAAGCAGCAGAGUCAUCAUCUUGGGGUGGAAACUACCACAACAUAGAAACAAGGUGUGCAUCAUCGUCGUCGGAUCCAUUAGAGAGAGUAAUAAGGCUUGCUUCAGGAAGUGCUGUGGUGAUAUUCAGUAUGAGUACAUGUUGUAUGUGUCAUGCAGUGAAAAGGUUGUUUUGUGGAAUGGGUGUACAUCCAACUGUUUAUGAAUUGGAUCAAGAUCCUAAAGGUAAAGAUAUGGAAAGAGCACUUUCAAGGCUAUUAGGAAACUCACCAGCAGUGCCUGUUGUAUUCAUUGGUGGAAAAUUAAUUGGAGCAAUGGAUAGAGUUAUGGCUUCUCAUAUUAAUGGUACUUUGGUUCCACUUCUUAAGGAAGCUGGAGCAUUAUGGCUUUAAUUUGUUUUAACUUUAGAAUUAGGUUAAUGGAUGGAUGAAUGGAGUGCUGCUCCAUUUUUAAUUUUGGUUUCUUUCAAGUAAUGUGGUUUUAAGUUUUUUUUUUUUUUAGCUAAUUAUUAAGUAUGUUAGAGUUGGUAUAAUGUGUCAAUGUUAGUUAGUAGUUUGAUCUCAUGAGUUAUGGUAAUCCUUGUUUUGUAGAUAUAAUCAAGAAAUUAAAACCAUCUCUAAUUAAU